AUGGGGAAGGUCAACAAGCGCCAGCGCAAGUUCCUGAGCAAGAAGGUCCUGACGCACAGGAAGAAGGGUGGCGUGCGCCGCGACAACAAGUCAAAGGGCAAGGGUGUUGGUGGUGCUGCUGCCACCGCCCCAGAGGCCUCUCAGGCGCCAGGGGCGCAGCACCGCAAGACUCUGCCUGACGGCGUCGACACCGCUGCCUUCCUAGAGUGCCCGUGGCUGAGCCCGGAGGCAUGCGCUAACGCCGGGCGUGAUGCCUGCGUAGCCCCAUUCGAGCCCGAGGCGGCUCUUCUCGAGGGCGCUUCCCCCAGCAAGAGCGGCAAGCAGGGAGGGGGCGGCGAGGGCAGCGUCAGCAGCAGCCUGACCGAACAGGCAGCGCGUGCCAUGAUCGGACGAGCCGUGGACGAGCGGUCGCUUGACGACCUCCUCCGCGUGGUCUGGGCAUUGCAGGCCAUUGGUGACCCUUCCUCCGCCGCCGUGCCAACGACAUCUCAUCAACCGCUGCGGGCCGCCCCCGGGUCAAAAGCCGCGGACGCACUCAUCAGCGAGGCCUCGUCGCGGCUGCACCUGGCGUUUCGCGCCCACCUGGAGCCCGAUCGCGACGAGGAGGAUGGAUCCUCCGUGGAGGAGUGGGAGGACACUGUCAGGGCGCACCGGCAGAAGCUUGAGAAGGCGGAGGCCUGGCCUAGGCUGGGCGGGGCUCUGCUGAGCUUCCUGACGUCGGCCUUGGACUGCGUUGAGACGGAGUGGGCAACGUCAAUCUCGGUUGCUGUGGAGGGUUGUGCCGACAGCAGCAAGCAGGGGAGUUCGGCCGCUACUUCUGCUUCUCUCGAGGAUGGGCUAGACCGUAUGCGGAACCACGUCCCACUUCUCUUCCCUUUCCCGCGGCUUGCGCGCCGAUACCUGUCGUUCCUGCUCGCCGUUCUCCAGACGUCCGACAGCACUGCCGCGCUGUCCCUGGCCUUCGUCCGGCUGUACGAGCUGUCCACCUCUCAGCCGAUGCCCUUCUUGCACGAUGCCUUCAAGGGGUCUUACCGCUGCUACCGCGCAGCGGCGGAGCGCAUCGGCGGCGGGAGAGGGGCGCGGGUGAUGGCGAGGGGUGAAGGCGCUGGGUCCUCCUUGCCGCUGCUGCGGGAGUGCUUGGCGGAGCUCUUUGGCGUGGAGAAGCCGUCUGCCUAUCUGCACGCGUACGUGUACAUCCAUGAACUCGCUCGCGAGGCUGUGGGGGCGGCGGCGGAGGUGAAGAAAGGAGGCGGGAUGGCCAGGGAGGCGGGGCCGGCGCUGAGGAGGUUGCGCUCGUGGGGGUUCUUGCAGAGCUUGCAGCUCUGGACUAGUGUCGUCACGGCGCACCCCGCCAAGUCUUCUCUUGGCCCCCUGGUACCUCCUCUGGCCAAGGCGCUGGAAAUCACGUUCCAGCUGUCGCCAGGCCUCUAUGGUGCCCCCCGCACCCUAGCUCUCGCCCGCUCGGCGCAAGACCUGGCCGCCGCCGCCGGCGUGUUCCUGCCGACCUCUCACUACCUCGUCGGCCUGCUGGAGCUUUUGCACGCUCGCGAGGCCCGCCCUGGUGCCACCGCCCCCUCCGCCGGGGGACCCGCGGAUGGGGAGGAGGCGGGGCCGGGAGGGCUGACCGUGGCUAGUGGUGGCGGUGGCAGUUCCAAGAGGCAAGGACGGGGAGCGGCGGCGGCGGCGGCGUUAGAUCUGUCGGCGAUGGCCGGUCUCGGGAAGGAAGAUCUCCGGGUAGCGGAGGUGCGGGCGGCGGUCUCGAGAGAGGCGGCGGGUUUGAUAGCGAGGGAGGCGGUGUGCUACCGCUGGAGCGCGGGGAUGCCGGAGCUGUGCGCGAGCACGGGGGCCCGGCUGGGCCGCCUGCUGGACGGGGGGGGGNGGGGGGGGGGGGGGGGGGACCUCGGACGGCACGACGGGGAGGUGGCGGGCGAGGGUGAAGGCCCUCCAGACGUCGCUUCGGAAGUCGGCCGCGGAGACCAUGGCGAGAAGGGCGAGAGGGAGCAAGCAUCCCGGGGAGGCUGGCCCGGUGGACACCUUCAGGGGCAUGGACGAGUCGACGGCAACACAACGCCUGCGUGUAUUCAAGGAACCCUCCUGAGUCUCCUCGACCGACAUAGUCUACGUAUGAUGUUGUCUUUGACCGAAAGGAGGACCGUUGGGGAAUGAUAGAAGAGACAAUGAUAUUUUUUGCCGGCAGCACCGCCUUUUGGGACACGCUUGCGCAACUUGCCUUAGGACCGUUCCGGGGAUGCCGCUCCGGGGGGUGGGGGGGUAGCAGUUUUCAGCGGGAGGGGGGGUGGGGGGGUGGGUCCAAAAGGAGACGACAGCAAAAGUAGAACUCGACCUUGGCUUGGUGUGGUUGCCCUUGCUGGUUUGAUGCGGCUUGAUUUCGCGCUGUGGUAACUGGUUGGCCAAUGAGUGUGUGUGGCCUGGUGACGCCUAUCGAAGCCGCUGAGAAGCAAGGUUUCAUGUUCAUGGGGUGAUGUUAGAUGGAGAUUGUCGAGAAAGCUCGAAAUGUGACGGCCAGCUGUGCCGUUGUCCGAUCUCGAACAGCCUACACAGCUACGUGCUUACACUCCUCAAAGAGCCCAGCGACACAGCGAACGACACCGAUCCAAAAUUAAAAAGAUA